GCUGUUUCCUGCGAUAGGCGGAUCAGGGAACCGGGGAUAUCUGUCCUGUGUUACAGGGGGCGACGGCGACAGCUUCCGAGUUGACGUGUGGUACGUGCUUAUAGAUAUUGCUCGCAUGGAAUACUACGGUGGAUGUUGAUGGAGCUUCUGCACAAAGAUAUGUAAAGACAGAAGUCAAGCGCAACGCCAGUACGUUUACUGCAGUUUCUACAUGUCAUCAUUUGGAUCAAGUUCCCCAGAAUGACCCAUUCACGACCCAACGAGUUUAUUCCACCACCGGAGUGCCCUGUCUUUGAGCCCAGUUGGGAGGAAUUUGCCGACCCUUUUGGGUUCAUCAACAAAAUACGUCCAAUUGCAGAAAACACUGGCAUCUGCAAGAUCCGACCGCCCCCGGGUUGGCAGCCACCAUUUGCCUGUGAUGUGGACAGACUGCAUUUCACACCACGCAUUCAGAGGCUCAAUGAGUUAGAGGCCCAGACCAGAGUGAAACUCAACUUCCUGGACCAGAUAGCAAAGUUCUGGGAACUGCAGGGUUGUACAUUGAAAAUUCCUCAUGCUGAGCGCAAAACUCUGGACUUGUAUGUGCUUUACAAGCUGGUCAAAGAGGAGGGAGGCUUUGAUGUGGUCUGUAAAGAGCGGAAAUGGACCCAGAUCGCACUGAAGAUGGGCUUUGCUCCCGGCAAAGCAGUUGGCUCUCACCUUCGUGCUCACUAUGAGAGGAUUCUCUACCCAUAUUAUUUGUUCCAGACAGGAGCUAAUCUUAUGAACUCUCAGAAGCCAACUCUGACUAAUGACACCAAAGACAAGGAGUAUAAACCCCAUGAUCUGCUCCAGCGUCAGUCGGUGCAACCAGUGGAAACCUGCACUAUCGCCCGCAGAGCAAAACGGACCAAGGGCCGCUGUUUUAAAUCAGAGCCGGGUGAGGUGUGCGAAAAACCCAACCUGAGGAGGAGAAUGGGCUCAUAUGUGGCAAAACCAGAACCAGUAAAGAAAAUUCCAAUCCAGGUGAAAGAAGAACCCAUUGAGCAGCAAGUUGAAGGUGAAAAAUCAAAGGUGAGGGCGAAGGUCAGAGGACCCUUUGGUUUUCACACAACAAAGUAUGCAGUGCAUUCCUUUAUGCCAAAAUUUUUACUUUUUUCCUCACAGGUGGAGCAGUACAUAUGCUUGGUAUGUGAGGGUGGAGGUGAUGAAGAUAGACUCUUGCUUUGUGAUGGGUGUGACGACAGUUAUCACACCUUCUGUCUGAUCCCACCCCUCCACGACGUCCCCAAAGGGGACUGGAGAUGCCCCAAGUGCCUGGCUCAGGAGUGUGGUAAGCCACCGGUGGCGUUUGGGUUCGAGCAGGCCUCCAGAGACUACACCCUUCGCACCUUUGGAGAUAUGGCUGACUCUUUCAAGUCUGACUACUUUAACAUGCCUGUUCAUAUGGUUCCCACAGAGCUGGUGGAGAAGGAGUUUUGGAGGCUGGUUAGCACCAUCGAGGAGGAUGUCACUGUAGAGUAUGGGGCUGAUAUUGCUUCAAAAGAUUUCGGAAGUGGCUUCCCUGUUAAGAACGGCACAUUUAAGGUCUCACCAGAGGAGGAGGAUUAUCUGAGCAGUGGCUGGAACCUCAACAACAUGCCUGUUUUGGAUGCAUCUGUGCUGACUCAUGUCACAGCAGACAUCUGUGGGAUGAAGCUCCCAUGGCUUUAUGUGGGAAUGUGCUUCUCCUCCUUCUGCUGGCACAUUGAGGACCAUUGGAGCUAUUCCAUCAACUAUCUGCACUGGGGAGAGCCAAAGACGUGGUAUGGUGCUCCUGGCUACGCUGCUGAGCAGUUGGAGAAUGUGAUGAAGAGCCUGGCCCCUGAGCUCUUUGAGUCUCAGCCAGACCUGCUCCACCAGCUGGUCACCAUCAUGAACCCAAAUGUUCUCAUGGAGCAUGGAGUACCAAUUUACCGUACAAACCAGUGUGCUGGCGAGUUUGUCAUUACCUUCCCCAGGGCCUAUCACAGUGGUUUCAACCAGGGCUUCAACUUCGCUGAGGCAGUCAACUUCUGCACUGCAGACUGGAUGCCUCUUGGUCGCCAGUGUGUCGAGCACUACCGGUCCCUCAACAGAUACUGUGUUUUCUCCCACGAUGAGAUGACCUGUAAUAUUGCCACCAAGGCAGACUCUCUAGAAUUAGAACUGGCCUCUGCUGUCCAGAAGGACAUGUGUGCAAUGAUUCUGGAAGAGAAGAUGCUCCGUGAGAAAGUCUAUAAGCUGGGCGUGUGGCACUCCCACCAGGUUGACUAUGAUUUACUGCCAGAUGAGGAAAGGCAGUGUGCUAAGUGCCGGACCACCUGUUACCUGUCUGCCAUCACCUGUCCCUGUAGCCCAGACCAGCUGGUCUGUCUCCAUCACAUCGAGGACCUCUGCUCUUGCCCUGCUAGAAGCUAUACGCUCAACUAUAAAUAUACACUUGCCGAACUGAAGCCAUUGUUCCAGGCUUUGACGGCUCGUGCUGAGUCCUAUGAAGACUGGGCAUCUAAAGUUAACAAGAUUUUGAAAGCAGAUCAAGAUAAUAAAAGUGAUAUGGAGGAGCUUCGUUCAUUGGUAGUAGAAGCAGAGAAGAAGUCAUACCCUGAGACUGACUUGCUAAGUCACCUGCGUCAAGUCAUUCAGAAUGCAGAUAGAUGUACCUCAAUGGCCCAACAACUCCUCAACGGCAAGAGACAGACAAGAUAUCGCUCCGGUGGGGGAAAGUCUCAGAACCAGCUCACUGUGGAGGAACUGAGGUCGUUUGUCAAUCAGUUGUAUGACCUGCCCUGUACCAUCCGACAGGCCCCUUUCUUAAAGGCUCUUUUGAACCGCGUCGAACAGUUCCAGCAACAGAGCUCGGAUCUCCUUGCAGAGGACAUGCCUGGUUCCUCUGCUCUUCAGAGCCUCCUAGAUGAAGGUGCAGGCAUGGAUGUGGAGUUGCCUCAGCUGGCGGUGUUGAGGCAGAGGCUGGAGCAGGCCCGCUGGGUGGAGGCCGUUCAGGAAGCCAGCGAUCAGCCAGCUGACCUCAGUCUAGACUGCAUGAGGAGGCUCAUAGAUCAAGGAGUGGGCCUGACACCGCAUGCAUGUGUGGAAAGAACCAUGGCCCGCCUGCAGGAGCUGCUCACUGUCUGUGAACACUGGGAAGAAAAGGCCCAUAACAUGCUCACUGCUAGGCCCCGUCAUAGUAUUGAGACUCUUGAGGCAGCUAUACAGGAAGUUGACAGCAUCCCAGCAUACCUGCCCAGCUGUCUUCAACUAAAGGACUGCGUAAACAGGGCCAAAGAGUGGAUAAUGGAAGCUGAUGCUCUUCAGGCUGGAGGCCGAAUUCCUGGUCUCGCUGCCCUGUCCGAACUUGUGUCAAGAGCCAGAAGUGUUCCGGUAAUGCUGGAACCACUGUCUCGACUGGAAAGUUUAAUAUCUGAGGUACAGGCCUGGAAGGAGAGUGCAGCUAAAACAUUCCUGUUGAGGAACUCAUCCCAUUCUCUCCUCGAGGUUUUGUGUCCUAGGUGUGAGAAUGGGCCGCAGAAGUCAAAGUCUAAAAAAGCCAAGGAUGUUUCAGUACCCUGCAAAAAAGUUGAAGUAAAACUAGACUCCCUUUUUGAUGUGGAAAAGGCGCUUUCUACGAGCAAAGAUACAGUUUCAGCAAUGGCCACUCUCAGUGAGGUGCAUCAGAAAGAGCUGGAGAGCCUGUCUAUGUUGAGGACCUCAAAUGAGUCAAAGUUUCAGUCUUCACCCAGCUGUUUGGCCCCCACAGUGUGCUUGUGUCACACUGUCCCAGCAGGCCCUAUGCUACAGUGUGAACUCUGUCGAGACGCCUACCACAGCGGCUGUGUGCCAGGGUUCAAGGACAUCCAGAUAGGGCUACCGUGGUUAUGCCCGCUCUGCAAGCGGUCCGAGAAGCCACCCCUGGAUAAGGUGCUUCCCCUGCUUGCUUCCUUACAGCGGAUUCGGGUUCGGCUUCCUGAGGGUGAUGCCCUGCGGUAUGUGAUUGAGAGAACGGUGCGCUGGCAACACAAAGUGCAGCUGGUUUCUCCUACACAGAAUCCGAAUGGAAAAGCAAGACAUAUUCCUGGAACAGCAUCAUCUCCGACACUGGUAGGGAGCAACAUCUCUUUCUACAUGCUGCAGCCAUGUAUUCCUCUCAAUGAACUCGGUACUGAGUUGGAGGAGCUGUUGGUAGAAGGUCUUCUGAUGCAGGUGACUUUACCCGAGCUCCAGCAACUUUAUAGCAGCUUGCUCAACAGGUUUUCACCAUCCCAGCACUCCCUGCAGAGCAGCGAACACGAUCACCAGUAUCACAUUGCUCAAGACCGAAGUCCACCUCACAGGAGCCCCCCGCACAGCAAAGGACAGGAUGGCGUUCCAGAGACCAAGAAGGAACCAGAGAGGCUUGAGAAGAACAGCAAACGGCGUCUAGAGAAAGAGAACAUGGAAGGGCAGCACAGAGACAAGAUAAAGAAGCCCAAGAAAAAGAAGCCUAAAAUGAACAAAGAAAGGAGAAGAGAGGAGAAACGAACCACCUCCCCCUCCAACUCCCUUUCUGACCUAUCGUAUUCCGAUGACUCGGAGGAGGAUUGGUCUGUGUGCUCGGCAAAGCAAUGUCAACAGCCAGAAGGAAACGAGGUAAACUGGGUUCAGUGCGAUGGCAGCUGUAACCAGUGGUUCCACCAGAUUUGUGUGGGAGUGUCUGCUGAGCAGGCUGAGAAUGAGGACUACAUCUGCGUCAGCUGCGCAAUAAACGAUUUGACAGAAUGAGGACCAAAAUCAUGUUUUUCGAAGGAUAGUUAAAAGGCUCCCCGUUUUGCACAUAAGUUAAAGCACCAAGAAUGCACCAGAUAUCAUCCUCUUACUGAAUCCCACCAUCUGUGUUCCCUUGGUGCUACUGCCUUCUUGAUAGGACUGUUAACAAAAACCUGUAUGAUUCUUCUGCUUUUUGUUUUGUAUUUUUGGAGAUUUCCUUCUAUAACAUUUUAUUUCUUCUCUAGAGAACGUGAUGCAUAGAUGUACCUCAGGGGUUUCCAUCCCAUGAAUGCAAAACAAUGGGGAACUUCAGCUUCCCUAAAUGUAUUUUUGUUCAUAUUUAUUGUUUUGGUUUUUUUUCUUUCCCCAGUCACCUUUAGAAUUUCUAACAUGGAUUUAUCAAUCUGGGCUAUUUACACCAAAUAAUAUUAAUUGGACUAAACAAAAUGGUCUAAAAUUAUUUUUGGAACCCACUGUUUUGGUACACGUGUCUAAUAAUAUAAAAUAUUAUUUAUUUAUCCCAGCAAUAACUCGCUGGUUACCCUGAUUUUUUCAGUAGCUUGAGAUCUGCUCUGAUCUGUUGCUUGAUGCAUUAGAAGUGUUUGUACAGAAUCCUAAUGUAGGUUGUCAGACAAAUGAGAUGUAGCAGGCAGAAGAAAAAGCUGUGUGAAAUAUAAUUUGUGAUGUAUACUGUGGCUUUCUUUAAAAUUCAAAACAGAUCUCUCCGAUGUUAAUUCAGUUGUGGAAUAAAAUGUUAUGUUCUCACCUAUAAAUACUGAUCUACUUCUGUUA